AUGGAGAUGGAAAUGCUCAUCCUUUCUGUGCUAGUUCUCUUUGUUUCUCUGUAUCUUUUUCGUAUGUUGAAUAAGAACGCUAGCAGAAAUGAAGCUGGCCAUCAUCAUCAGCUUCAGCCCCCACCAGGAAGCUCAGGUUGGCCCAUCAUCGGUGAAGGCCUUUCUUUUACGAUGACAGCCAAAAGGGGUGUCCCGGAGAAAUUCAUAGAAAAACGGAGGAUCAAGUACUCAUCAUCAGAUUCAAAAGGCAGCAACAGCAGCUGCAAGGUGUUCACCACGUCGUUGCUGCGUGAAUCCGUGGCAGUGCUGUGUACUGCCGCUGGAAACAAGUUCCUGUUUUCAAACGAGAACAAACUCGUCCACUCAUGGUGGCCUUAUACCAUCUACACCAUCUUUCCCGGCCUCAAAAAACCAGACACCCACAAGGAUUCCAUUCGACUCCGCAAAGUUAUGUCUCCAUUUUUCAGCCCCAAUUGUCUCCAAAAGCACGUAGGGAUCAUGGAUGGCUUCACCAAACGUCAUAUGGACGAGUUUUGGUCGGAUGAAAAACAAGUCAAAGUUCUGGCCCUAGCAAAGAUGCACACCUUCACAUUAGCGUGUAAAAUCUUCUUAAACGUGGAAGAUCCAGAAGUGAUUGCCAAACUGGAAGAGCCAAUUCAGCAUAUCUCAGCUGGCUUCAUUUCGACUUUGCCGAUAAAUCUGCCUGGCACACCAUUCAACCGAGCCAUCCGAGCAUCCAAGAAAGUCACCAAGGACCUUGAAGAAAUGGUUGAACGAAGGAGAAUCGAUCUAGAUCGAUAUCGACAGUCGACGGCUACGGCAGCAGAUCUAGAUGAGAAUAAUCAAGAUAUGAUGUCUAAGUUGCUGAUGGACACAUAUAGCAACGGCCGUCAGAUGAAGGAAACCGACAUCUCUGACAUCGCGGACAAGUUAAAGGGUCUACUCAUUGCUGGUUCAGACAACGUAGUCACCACCAUCUGUUCUAUGGUCAUAUUUCUAUUCCAGCUUCCUACGGUAUAUGAUGCCGUCCUCAAAGAGCAAAUGGAGAUAGCAGACUCCAAAGCAGAAGGAGAGUUGCUCAACUGGGGAGACAUACAAAAAAUGAAACAUACAUGGAACGUCGCAUGUGAAGUGUUGAGAUUGGAGCCGCCAAAUCCUGGAACUUUUAGAGAGGCCAUGACUGACUUUGUCUAUGAAGGAUAUCGGAUUCCGAAAGGAAUGAAGUUGUACUGGAGUGUGUUUUCAACACAUAAAAACCCAGAAUACUUCCCAGAUCCGGAAAAGUUUGACCCAUCAAGGUUCGAGGGAGAAGGACCAGCUCCCUAUUCGUACGUCCCAUUUGGAGGAGGACCUCGGAUGUGCCCCGGAAGAGAAUAUGCUCGUUUUACGAUUUUGGUUUUCAUGCAUAAUUUGGUCACCAGAUUCAGGUGGGAGAAGAUUUUUCCCGAUGAGAAAAUGGUGAUGAGCCCAUUUCUUGGUCCUACGAGAGGACUUCAUGUUCGCCUUUAUCCUCUUCCCUCGACACCAUCGUUGUGA